AUGAAUUUCUUAAAGGGACACACACUGAACGCGUUCAAGGAACCCCGCGAGAGGGAAUAUCCCCUUCCCGCAUCGCCAAUCCCCACCGGGACGCCUCUCGCAUUGCAAAAGGAAUCUCCCUCGCGUGCUACCGGCUCUCAAAUGGCGUUCAAUCAUGUUGAUGUCGAGCAGAUCAUGGAGGAUUAUGCCUGGGCACAGUAUAAGGAUAUUCAGAGCUUGAAAAAGACGCGUCUCGACGAAUUCCGGGGUCUGGAUAAGGACGACAUCGAAUUUGUCGUGAAUCGGAAAGCCCUGGUGAUCGUGCAUGAGGAUCCAGAUUACGUCAACUUCAUGCCAUCGGGCGCCAAGCCGUUUACCCUCUUCAAAUCCGUCUUCACCAACAACACCAAUCGACCACAGGAGUACUCGUUUAAGACGGAACGAACGACGGAAUCACUGUGCGCUGUCGCCCGUGAACAGGGAUACACAAUUGGGGCCGAAGCCGAGCUUACACUCAAGACGCCUUGCGAAAUCGCGGAGCUGAAGGCGGGCUUCAAACACGAGAUGCACUUCAACAAUCUCUCAGAAAAUGCCAUCACCGAGACGUUGAGUUGGGCUGUCGAUAGCAAUGUCUCGGUGCCGCCCGGCUACCAGACAGAAGCCUCAAUCAUCAUUGAAGAGAUGAACUAUCGUGGAUCGUAUACAGUAGUCUCGCGUCUCUCUGGAACUGUUCUCAUCUCAAUUCGAAGGCGACGCGACAACGUGCUAAUCAUGCCGAUUCGAGCCCCGAUUGCCGAGAUUUUCAGUACGCUGAUUGCCUCGCCGCUUUGCAAGAAGGAGGUGAAGCAGGUCGUCCAGAUCGAAGGCAACAAGGUGGUCCGAUUGACGAGCAAGGGAAAUUGCCAAUUCCAGUUUGCGACGAAGCAGCGUAUCGAUCUGAAUGAGAGGGCUGUACGGGGGGCAGAGGUGCAUAUUCCC